AUGGAGAUCUUUAAGCAAUUGGAGAUUACUUUGCCCCUGACCGAAGCACUACAGCAAAUUCUUGCUUAUGCGAAGCACAUGAAGCAAUUCCUUAAAAAGGAGAAAUAUCCAGAUGAGGAAACAAUUGAAGUGCCAGGUAAUUGUAGUGCCAUAUUGCAAAAGACACUUCCUCCUGAAUUCAAAGAUCCGGGGAGUUUCACCAUCCCUUGCACCAUUGGGAAUUAUGAUAUUGGGAAGGCUUUAGUUGACUUAGGAGCAAGUAUCAAUCUAAUGCCCCUAUCUAUGCUCAAGAAGAUUGGUGGUCUAGCGGUCAAACCUACAAAAGUAAUCUUGCAAAUGGUAGACAGGUCCAUCAAGCAUCCUUAUGGUAUGGUAGAAGAUGUGGUGCUGAAAAUUGAUAAACUCAAAUUUCCGGUAGACUUUGUAGUGAUGAAGAUGGAGGAUAAUGUAGAGAUAUCGUUCAUCCUUGGAAGGCCAUUCAUGAAGACAACUAAGGUUGUCAUUCAUGUUGAUCAUGGAGUUAUAACAUUGAAAGACUAA